GUAAGGGAUCACACGAAGCUACUGGUCGCUUGGUUUUGGAUAAAUAUGACCACUGGAAAAAUGCUAAAGAAGAUUUUAAAAAACAUGAAAAAACCGACUAUCACAAGUUUAAUCAGUUACAAGAAAAAAAUGUCCUAUCUAUAAAAGAAAAAAAAUCCAUAUCUAUAGAUCUGCAGUUAAAUGAAGCCAAAAAAAAAAGAAGACUGGCUUUGAGAGGGCAUUUUGAUCAUGGUCUUAAAUCUUUACAAACUAAAGUUGAUWAUUCAAAUGAAGAUGAUAAAACACUAAAUGAAGGUAAUUUUYGUGCUCUUUUGAAGUUUAGAAUUGAUGCAGGUGAUUGCGAUUUGGAAAACCAUCUAAAUACUGCUUCCAAAAAUGCUACUUACAUUAGUCCUAGAGUACAGAAUGAAAUAAUAUCAAGUUGUAACAAUAUUAUUCUAAAAAAAUUAGUGGACCAAAUUAAUAAUGCUGAAUGUUUUGCUUUAUUAGCAGACGAAACAAUGGAUGUAUCUACAAAGGAACAACUUUCAAUUUGUAUAAGAUAUUUUGAUGAUGGUGAAAAAAAGAUAAGAGAAGACUUUCUUCAAUUUGUACAAGUUAAUGAUGUCAGUGGUAAAGGUCUUGCUGAUACUAUUUUAGAAAGUAUCUCAAGUUUUGGUAUAAACCCCAAAUUUAUGAUCGGCCAAGGUUACGACGGAGCUGCUGCUAUGAGCGGACAGUUUAAAGGUGUACAAACUAGAAUUCGUGAAAUUUAUCCACUAGCUUAUUACAUCCAUUGUAGCGCUCAUUGCCUGAAUUUGGUAAUUUCUGAUUCUUGUAAUAUCCCGGAAAUUCGUAAUACGAUAGGUACCAUACAAUCAAUUUGUAAUUUUUUUGGAUACCCAAAACGACUUGAGGUGCUUCAAAGAUGUAUUAAAGAUUUGUUUCCUAGUUCUAAAGCUAGCAGGUUGAAACAAAUGUGUCCAACGCGUUGGGUACAGCGCCACGAUGCUGUUAUUUUAUAUGAAGAGAUGCAGCUCGCUGUAGUCAGUGUGUUAGAAAUAUCUAAUAAUUCAAGUACUGGAUCUAUUGAAGAAUAUUCUUGGAUUUCUAGUAAUAUAUCAUCUCAGGCAGAUCAAUUAUUAUGUGCUAUUAAAAAAUUACAAUUUCAAGUUUCUCUUUACGUUUUAACUAAAGUCCUAUCUAUUAGUGUUGGUUUGAGUCGUAGUUUGCAACUAGAAAAUUCAGAUUUAAAAACUACAUUAGAUGCUGCUUCAUCUGUUGAGAAUUUAAUUGAACAACUUCGUAUUAACAGUGAAAAUGAAUUUAUGAAAUUAUUUGAAACUGUUAAGAAAACUUGUGAACAAAUUG